GCCGAGUCCUCUUGGGGAGAGGGAGGGGGCGCUUUCCGCCCUCAGGAGUUUCUCCCCCGGAGGCUUUGCUUCCCCUUCUGAAAAGGCUGCCGGUUGGCGAAGCUUUCCUCGCUGCUCUUCCAAGCCGGGAGCAAGAAAGUGCCCCUUGUUGGUGCAGGAUCUCACAGAGAAGAUCCUUCGGGACAGCCCGUGGGGCCGCCGCCGCCGCCGCUUCAGUAGCUGAGAGUGGCUAUAAAUUCGGAUGCCUUGGGUAGGGCUUGCAAGUAGACAAAAAUCAUAGGUAGCGUUAAAAAAAAAGUGAUGGCAGAGCCGUGGCUUUAUAAAGAUCAACUUAAACACCACCGCAUGCAAAGCUCGUCGUUGAUAUGGAGAGCUAUUUGAAACACACAUUGGACUUGAUUGGCCUGAAUAGCUGGAUAUUGGUGCCAUUUAUGAGGAGAAAAAACUGCACUUAGGCUGAGAUGGCAGUUGUGAGCUUGAGCAUUGUGCACACUUUUUCUUGGAGGAAAAGAAGCACUUUUGCCCUGAUACUGUUGUCUGUUAUCCUUUCUGUGUUUGUGUUCUGUGAAUUUUUAAUUUAUUACAUUGUUAUAAUUCAGUGUCAGUGGCCACAGCUGAAAAGCCAGUCAUCAACAGCAAGCAAACAGACGCCAGAUUCUAUUUUAAAAGCAAUGUUUUUAUCAGAUACUCAUCUGCUUGGUCAAGUCAAUGGACACUGGUUGGACAAACUAAGGAGAGAAUGGCAAAUGGAGAGAGCCUUCCAAACUGCCCUUUGGCUUCUGCAGCCAGAAAUAGUUUUUAUACUUGGUGAUGCCUUUGAUGAAGGAAAGUGGAGCUCUUCCGAGGCCUGGUCAGAUGACGUAAGACGCUUUCAGAAAAUGUUCAGGCAUUCAGCGGACACCGAGCUGAUCGUUAUAGUUGGCAAUCAUGACAUAGGCUUUCAUUAUGAAAUGACUGCAUUCAAACUGGGACGUUUUUUGAAAGUUUUCAAUUUCACUUCAGAAAAACUGAUAACUCGGAAAGGAAUAAACUUUGUUACAGUAAACAGCAUUGCUCUGGAAGGUGAUGGCUGUAUGAUCUGUAAAGAGGCAGAAGCAAAGCUAACUGAACUCUCUCACAGACUCAACUGUUCUUUGCAGGAUCAAAGCCAAUACCAAAAAAGGUGCAGUGGUGUAGACAUCCCUCCAGCUUCAGCUCCAAUUCUGUUACAGCAUUAUCCUCUGUAUAGAGAAAGUGAUUCAAAAUGUACAGGAGAUGAUUCUGCUCCUCCAGAUAAGAAGAAUGAUCUCUUCAGAGAGAAAUACGAUGUCCUUUCUCGGGAAGCUUCCCAGAAGCUGUUAUGGUGGUUUCAUCCUCGACUGAUUCUGAGUGGUCAUACACACAGUGCCUGUGAAGUGCUGCAUAAUAGGAGAACUCCCGAAAUCAGUAUUCCAUCAUUCAGCUGGAGGAACAGAAACAAUCCUAGUUUUAUAAUGGGCAGCAUAACAUCAGCAGACUUCUCUCUCUACAAGUGCUUUCUUCCAUUUGAGAUCACAGUUAUUACUGUCUACUGUAUAGCAGGAACUGUGCUUGUGGUCCUCAUACUAGCUCGCUUUCAGCCUCAUAUUUCCCCUGUGCAUUUUGUUCAGCGUUUAAUCACAAAGUAUAAAGCACUAUGAAGCGUCGGACACCUGUAAAUCAGUUACUGACACACCAAAGCUAAAGAACAGUCCAUCAGACUACAUUCAUGCCAGCAAAUGCGUACUUGAAUUGCUAGCACAAGGGCAUACAGUAAGUUCUAGACAGUUGAUAAGAGUUUACUACAGGAUAGUUAAAUGAAGGCUUCAUGCUGUACAAAAAUAUUGUAUUCUACAAUCAAAUGAAUCAUUUUCUUGCUAAAGUCUUGUAUCAAAUAUGUAUAUUAAAAGUUUGUAACUGUACACUAUA